AUGACAUCCAAAAAGCCCCAGAAUGCGCUGUUUCAGGUCUAUCUGCGCCUGCGCCCCCCGAUGACCGAAAGACAUGAUGAUUCUGAACGGUUCUUGACCGUUGAACCUGCAGAGGCGUCUCAAAAUGAUGGAGAGAUCGUCGCGCCCGUUCCGACCCAUAUUACCCUGCAACCGCCUAACGAUUCGCGAAAACGUGCGAUUGAGAAAUUCGGCUUCACAAAGGUAUUCGAAGAAAAUGCAACACAAUUGGACAUCUUCAAUGACACAGGAAUGGAAUCCAUUGUGAGAGGAGUUCUCAAGGAAGGCCGCGAUGGAUUGGUUGCGACACUCGGAGUGACAGGAAGUGGGAAGAGUCACACCAUUCUUGGGUCUAAAUCGCAACGAGGCGUUACCCAGAUGGCACUCGACGUCAUUUUUCGAUCUCUGGAGCCCACCAAGAAAUGCGAGGAUGGAAGCAUCAGCCCUCUAAUGCUUGCCUCAUUAGCCGCGUCGGACGCCUCAGAGGCCCAGCUCUUCUCGGCCCAGACUUUCCUGGAAGCCGUCUACGGCGAGCCCAGCGCUGGUCGUAGCUCGAGAGCCCAAACUCCCAUGAGUCCAUCUCGUGCACACACCCCAUCAACGGUACGGAGCCCCAAAUCCCCAAAUUUCCAUGGAGGAUCGCCGACCAAGCGUGAACCUGUACUUGGACCAGGUCUCGCCAGUCCAUACCCAAUCCCCGGAAGCUUUCGCAGGCCAGACCCCAGCCGCAUCUACAUUUCCAAUGGCAUGGAUCAAAUCGCCUUUGACGCACUGUCAACUGAGCAAUCGAGAAGGAUCGACCCCGGAUCUCUGAACCCUCUCCCUUUUACCCGUCCCAAUCUUCACGAGAACCAUUCAGCUAAAUCACGACUUUAUGUCUUCAAGGAGCCGACGCCUGCAUUGGUUUUCCCUCGCCGCCAGCCCCGCGAACGACCUCCUACUACCCCGAGACUACCCGACGUAAGCCACCUGGCCGUGGAUCUUAAUCCAAGCCCCGACUAUGUUGUACUUGUGUCCAUGUAUGAGGUUUAUAACGACCGCAUCUUCGAUCUGCUGUCGCCCUCUAUUGUACCUAGUCAAGGGAACACCAUGUCCCGCGGAAACGCCCAGAAGGACCGACGGCGUCCCUUGCUAUUCAAACCUACCGAAGGAUCUCCGGACCGAAAGCUAGUCGCGGGUCUUCGCAAGAUUGCGUGCAGUAGUUACGAGGAGGCUUUGGCUAUCCUCGAUGUCGGGCUGACAGAACGCAAGGUCACAGGCACUGGAGCUAAUAGUGUUAGCUCACGGAGCCAUGGCUUUUUCUGUCUCGAGGUCAAGAGGCUGGUACACAGCAAGCGGCAUGGCGAGGCCCUCUGGACAGGGAAUACCCUGACCGUGGUUGACCUAGCAGGUUCUGAGCGAGCCAGAACUGCGAAGACCGCGGGAGCAACUCUUGCAGAGGCUGGUAAGAUUAACGAGAGUUUGAUGUACCUCGGCCAAUGUCUGCAAAUGCAAAGCAACCUGCAAGAUGGAGUCAAGACUGCCCUCGUUCCUUACCGCCAGUGCAAACUCACUGAGCUCCUAUUCUCUAAUUCUUUCCCCUCAUCCAACCAGAUGUCUCGGGGCCAAUAUCCGCAGAAAGCUGUCAUGGUUGUGACUGCUGAUCCAGUCGGGGACUUCAAUGCAACCUCUCAAAUAUUACGCUACUCAGCACUAGCACGCGAAGUGACAGUGCCACGCGUUCCAUCUCUGACCGAAUCAAUCAUUUCUGCGGGCUCUGCUCGCGGUCGAACGACCAGCGGUCGGACUUCACCGAACGAUGCGUCUUCCGAGGAUCUUGACCGUGCCAUGGCAGAAAUCGCCAGGCUGACAAAAGAUUGUCAUGGCAUCGCGGUGCGAUUGGCAGAAGAAGAGAUUGCUCGGUCUGAGGUUGAGCUCAGACUACAAGCUGCUGAAGAUCGAUGCAUGAUGAUCGAACAAGAGGUUCGUGAAGAAUGCUGGGCUGAUAUGGAUGAGCAAAUGGAACAAGAGAGGAAACGCUGGCAGGCGGCAUGGGAUGAACAGAUCGGCCGCAACGAUGACCACAUAGACAAGAAGAUUGAGCUGGUGUCUCGUGGUUUCAGUAUCUACGAAGACCCUGAGCAGUCAACAAACGACCGAAUGGAAGAAUUGGAAAAUGAAAAUGAGCAGCUUCGUCGCCGCUUGGCCGUCCUCGAGCGCGAAAUGUUGUCUCAAUCGCCGACUCGAAAGCCUAGGGCAAAAAAUGCCCCGUCAUCUUCUAGCAGAACCACCAACCGCCUUGGCCGGGAGAGUGAUAUUGAAAAUGCUCUGCAACGCAUGAACCAGCUCAACCUUACGGAUACCAUGUUCUCGCCACCAUCUCCCACGCCAAAGUCUUCCUCGCCCGGUAAGAAGACAAGAAAGAUCUCCACUCGCAAGUGGGACUUCGCACCGGAGAGCGAGAUCUAG